AUGGCGGGCCGCCUUGCUUCGUUUAGACCCUUUGGAUUGGUGUGCGCGAGAAUCGCGUCGCGGGCGUCAUCCCCGUUAUUGAAUUGCUCGUUUGCCACCCUGAAACCAUCGGCGCAUGCGUCGUCACAGUCGUGGGACGAGCUGAGCCAACCCACAGGCGAGUGGCAGAGCACGCUGGGAGCGCCAGUAGCGGUGUCAGGCGUGGGGCUGCAUCUGGGCCUUCCCACCACCGUUACGCUGCUGCCCGCCCCUGCUGCCUCGGGUCGGGUCUUCCACGUGGUGCUUGGGGGGGAUGGCGGAGGGGGAGAGGUGGACAGGGUUGCAGCAGGAGCUGGGAGGGAAGGGAGAGUGGUGGAGAUCGGUGCAGAUGUGUGGAGUGUGGUGGACACGCGGCUCUGCACUGUGCUGGCUGCUGCUUCGGCUACCCCGUCCAGUCCGCCCUCCUCCCCUGACGAGUCGCCAGCGGGUGGGGAACGUGAACAGAGUGAAGUGCGGUUGGGAACGGUGGAACAUCUUCUGUCGGCUCUAGAGGGGUGUGGCGUGGACAACUGUGUGAUUCGCGUGGAGGGCGCUGGCGAGAUGCCACUUCUGGACGGAUCAGCAGCGGAGUGGGUAGAACACAUCAUGGCGGCCGGCAUCCACCCCGCCACCCUGCACCGCUCCAACGGCACCACAGGCCAUGCUGCUACCGGCGAUGCUGGUGCUGCUGCUAAUGAUGCUGUGACUGUGGAGAGGAGAAGGUGGAAUUUGCCUGGAAACCAGCCAAUCACGGUGCAGCAUGGGGAUUCGUUCAUUGCUGCAUUCCCCCGAGCUUCACCGCUUCUCACCUAUGGCAUUGAUUUUGCACAUGUGCCGGCCAUCGGGCGGCAGUGGGUGUCGUGGGAGCCGUGCCGCUCACAGCAACCAGCACAAGCGCGAGCAGCAGAGCGACGCCAGGGCGGAGGAGAGGAACCAGGUGGAGCAGCAGAGCAGCCAGUGGGGGCAGCAGCGCAGGGCGAGCAUGGCGAGCAUGGCGAGCAUGGAGAGCAGGGUCAGGAGUGUGGCGACUAUGUGUCGGGCAUUGCGCCGGCGCGCACCUUCUGCAUUCUCGAACAGGUGGAGCAGAUGCGAGCAGCGGGGCUCAUCAGGGGUGGCUCGCUCGACAAUGCCCUCGUGUGCAGCCAAGCGCGAGGGUGGGUGAACCCACCUUUGAGACUCCCUCUGGAGCCGUGCCGCCACAAGCUGCUGGAUCUCAUAGGGGACCUGGCGCUGUGUGCCAGGGGGGGCAACGCCGGCAUUCCCAACGCGCACAUAGUGGCCUAUAAAGCGAGCCAUGCUCUGCACGUGGCGUUUGGUAAGGCACUUAUGGGCGCACUUGAGGCAGAGGCCAAGGGGCGUGGCGGGGCUGGCGCCCCCUCGCCCUUGACCAACAUCGGUCCACCCCCUGCACACCAUCUUGCUUCACAUGCUUACGUGCCCUCCAUCGCUUCCUUCUUCAUCCCAUCGUCCACAGAAACUCCCACUUCUCCCUUCACCACCACUCCCCCCUGCCCCUCUUCCCUCUUCACCACCACUCCCCCCUGCCCCUCUUCCCUCUUCACCACCACUCCCCCUUGCUCCUCUUCUCUCUUCACCACCACUCCCCCUGCCCCUCUUCUCUCUUCACCACCACUCCCCCUUGCCCCUCUUCUCUCUUCACCACCACUCCCCCUGCCCCUCUUCUCUCUUCACCACCACUCCCCCUUGCCCCUCUUCCCUCUUCACCACCACUCCCCCUGCCCCUCUUCCCUCUUCACCACCACUCCCCCUGCCCCUCUUCCCUCUUCGCCAGCCGCCCCCUCCGCGAGUGCGCGCGCCAGCCGCCCCCUCCGCGAGUGCGCGCGCCAGCCGCCCCCUCCGCGAGUGCGCGCGCCAGCCGCCCCCUCCGCGAGUGCGCGCGCCAGCCGCCCCCUCCGCGAGUGCGCGCGCCAGCUAUGCUGA